AUAUACACAGGAGACUGUUUUUCUUUCGAUAUUUGUCCAAAAUGGAUGUUCUCGACGUCAAUAAUAAUGCAACUGGGGCUGAAUCGGAAAACGCGACAAGUAGCACUAACCAAGCAACUACGGUGGAAGUUACGAUUUCCUUUGUGGACAUACUAGAAUAUGUUGGCGAGGCAGUUCGUCCGAUUAAAAAGAGGCAUGCCGUUUUCGCAGCCAAUCAUAUAGUAUGCAUAGGGUUCCGAGAGCACGAUUCUUCCGGUGUUGACAUUGUGGCGUACGUACAACAAAGUUUCAACCCAGCGAUGAAUCCUCACGUUUUGAAUUUGAAAAUUGGACCUAAAGUUGACAAGUGGAUUUUAGAAUGCUCAUGUAAAGCAGGCACAGCUAAGUGCAAGCAUAUAGUUGCAUGCCUUCUAUACAUAGAGAAGUUUAAUAAAUUGGAAUAUCUGUCAUGCACUGAUGUAACGCGAGCGUGGGGAAUCUGUAAAACCACAGAUAACAGAUAUCCAAGCUAGAACAAAAAACUUCACAAAUCGUGUGUAAGAUUUCAAAUUCUUACUCGUUUGGAAUGCUAACGACAUCUUUCUGCAA